GUGUCACAGGUAAUUAAGGCUUAGAUUGGCUAAUAUGCAAGCUCUGAAUUCCGCUCUCCAUUAUUCAAGCUUCAUGUUCCUAGUCCAAAACAAAUACUACCGUAGCAGACAUAAAUAUAAUUUCUCAAAACAUUGAAAAAGUCACAUAAAUAUAUCCUCGGCCCCGACGCAGUCUGAAGAAACUAACUCAAAACGGUUUCUCCGUGCUUCAUAGUUCUGUACCAUGGAUAAGGUGGACUCAACUCGAGCAUUCGUCAAGGACGUUAAGCGCAUCGUCGUCAAGGUUGGGACUGCCGUUGUCACUAGAGCUGAUGGAAGGCUAGCACUUGGAAGGCUUGGAGCACUAUGCGAACAGAUUCAAGAGCUCAAUUCUCAAAAUUACGAAGUCAUUUUAGUGACCUCAGGUGCUGUAGGUGCUGGUCGUCAACGGCUUAGAUAUAGGAAAUUGGUUCACAGCAGUUUCGUAGAUCUUCAAAAGCCGCAAGUUGAGCUAGAUGGAAAGGCAUGUGCAGCAGUUGGACAAAAUGGCCUAAUGGCUUUGUAUGAUUCUUUAUUCAGUCAGUUGGAUGUUACAUCGGCUCAACUUCUUGUUACAGACAAUGACUUCAGAGGCCCAAACUUCAGGAUGCAGCUUAAUGAGACAGUACAUUCAUUGUUGUCUUUGAAAGUUAUACCUAUAUUUAAUGAGAAUGAUGCUGUUAGUACACGGAAAGCUCCAUAUGAGGACUCUUCUGGUAUAUUUUGGGACAAUGACAGUCUAGCAGCUCUACUAGCAUUGGAGCUAAAAGCCGAUCUUCUUGUACUUUUAAGUGAUGUAGAGGGUCUUUACAGUGGCCCUCCUACUGACCCUCACUCAAAAUUGAUUCAUACAUAUAUCAAAGAGAAACAUGAAGGAGAAAUAACUUUUGGUGACAAGUCUAGAGUGGGAAGAGGGGGCAUGACUGCCAAAGUGAAAGCUGCAGUGUAUGCAGCUUUUGCUGGAAUCCCUGUUGUAAUCACAAGUGGUUUUGCUGUAGACAACAUUAUCAAAGUACUACAUGGAGAAUGCAUUGGUACUCUUUUUCAUCGUGAUGCUAACAAAUUGCACUCGGCUGUAGAUGUUGAUGCAUGCGAAAUGGCAAUUGCAGCCAAGGAAUGUUCUAGGCGGCUUCAGGCACUUGCUCCACAAGAAAGGAGACAAAUUUUGUUGGAUAUAGCUGAUGCACUCGAAGCAAAUGAAAAAAUGAUACUAAGUGAGAAUGAUGCUGAUGUAUCUAAUGCUCAGCAAGCUGGUUAUGAUAAUUCACUGAUAUCUCGAUUGGCACUAAAGCCAGGAAUAAUCUCAAGUCUUGCAAAGUCAGUUCGUGUGCUUGCAGAGAUGAAUGAACCAAUUGGUCGUGUUUUAAAGAAAACAGAGAUUGCUGAUGGCUUCAUUUUGGAGAAGACAUCAUCUCCAUUGGGUGUUCUUUUGAUUAUCUUUGAGUCGCGUCCUGAUGCACUUGUUCAGAUUGCUUCACUAGCAAUACGAGCUGGGAAUGGACUCUUACUGAAAGGUGGAAAAGAGGCCAAAAGAUCAAAUAAAAUUUUGCACAAGGUUAUUACCUCAGUGAUACCAGACAAGGUUGGUGAUAGACUUAUUGGACUUCUUACUUCUAGAGAAGAGAUCCCUGAAUUGCUCAAGCUUGAUUAUGUAAUUGAUCUUGUUAUCCCAAGAGGCAGCAAUAAACUUGUUUCCCAAAUCAAGGCUUCAACAAAAAUCCCAGUUCUUGGUCAUGCUGAUGGAAUUUGUCAUGUUUAUGUUGAUAAGUCUGCAAACUUGGAUGUAGCAAAGCGCAUUGUAUUGGAUGCAAAAAUGGAUUAUCCCGCAGCAUGCAAUGCUAUGGAAACACUUCUCGUGCACCAUGACUUGGUAAAGAAUGGUGGUCUUAAUGAACUAAUCACAGAACUUCAGAUAAAAGGUGUUACUAUAUUUGGAGGACCAGUGGCAAGCUCACUGUUAAAUAUUCCAGAGGCUACUUCGUUACAUCAUGAAUAUAGUUCUCUGGCUUGCACAGUGGAAAUUGUUAAUGAUGUAUGUACUGCAAUUGAUCAUAUACAUCAGCAUGGAAGUGGACAUACUGACUGCAUUAUCACUGAAGACAAUGAAGUUGCCCAAGUAUUUUUACACCAUGUUGACAGUGCUGCUGUUUUUCACAAUGCAAGCACAAGAUUUAGUGAUGGCUUCCGCUUUGGGCUUGGUGCAGAGGUGGGGAUAAGUACAAGUAAGAUUCAUGCCCGUGGUCCUGUAGGCGUUGAAGGACUGCUAACAACGCGAUGGAUUGGAAGGGGAAAAGGCCACGUGGUGAAUGGAGACAAAGAUAUUGUCUACACCCACAGAGACCUGAGUUAGGUUUGCAGCGGAUAGCUCUGUCUUCUGGUGGUGAGAUGCUUUGCCCAGUAGUUUUACAGUUGUGAAAACAGAAUCUUUCGACUCUGGAACCGUCCCUACGGCCCUACUGCCCAUUUUCAGGUCCUAACCCAUUAUAUAUAAACAUCAAACCUUUUUUAUUUUUAUUUUUUUGAAAAGAAAUAUCAAACCAAAUUAAGGAAACAAACAUUAUUUUGCUAAAUAAUUUGAGCGGCAUGGGGUAUUACAU